GUUCUGCCAUUGGUCUGUUACAGCGGAGGAAGCCUCCGUCCCGCGGUGCUGCAGACACACGCACGCACUCAGGCAGCGCAGACAGUGGUCCAUUUAUAUUCCACCCGGGUUAAGAGAAGCAGAAAAUAUCAACCUGCUGCAAACAUGCCGAUGUUCGUUGUGAAAACCAAUGUCAGCAAAGAUGCUGUCUCUGCGUCUCUGUUGUCAGAAGUCACACAGGAACUGUCGAAAGCAAUGGGGAAACCUGCACAGUACAUCGCGGUGCACAUCGCUACGGAUCAGAUGAUGAUGUUUGGAGGAAAGCCCGAUCCCUGCGCUCUAUGCUCUCUGCACAGCAUUGGGAAGAUCUCUGGCCAGGAGAACAAGCUGUACUCCAAGCUGCUGUGCGGUCUGAUCAACAAGCACCUGGGGAUCUCCGUGGACAGGAUCUACAUUAAUUUUGUUGACAUGGACGCAGAAAACGUGGGCUGGAGCAACUCCACUUUUGGUUGAAGGAGUAUUACCCUCAGCAGGACCAAGAUGACAAUCUUUCCUUUAGUGCUUACAGUGGCUGUACCAGAACAUGUUAGUGUGAUCAUUCCCUGUUUAGAACUGGAGGAGUCCAAAGUACACACUGUCUUGCUUGCUUACGCAUUGAAUAAAAUAAAAACCAACCGA